CUGUGUGAUCAAUUUCUGUACUUGAUAGAGUCUCCCCAGUUAACUGAGAUCGAGUUACAAUAAUUGGUGUAUUUGCAUCACCAGGAUCUAUUAAUGAAGAUGAUUUGGAACUCUCGUCCCAUCGCAAGACUGGACGGAGAUUGGGCGGAGCGCUAGCCCAGUUAUCUGUAAGAGUAAGCUCAUUCUCAAGAGUACGAGGUGGCGACGAUGGGCCUGUGGGUAUGGGUGUUACUGCUGGUGGUGUAUCAUCUCUUCGCGCUUGCCGCUCCUUAUGCGGGAGUCUCGCAGGCGCUAUCGAGUCAGCCAGCAAUCCAGGAAUACCCUGGGUAUCGGGGGGUAGCACUCCCUUCUCCUUGCCUUUCUCCUUGGCAGGUUGUGGUUCAUUUGAACUGAAGGCUGCCGCUUGAUCUGCUAAAACAUCCAAAGCAGAUCGCACGCGCGCUGCUCCCCCCGAACUCGCUACUUGUUCACCAGAUGGAUUAUCUUUCUCAC